AUGGAUCAUUUCAUAAGUGAAGGACCUUCUUCUGACAGAGAGUGGAAUUCUCAUUCUGGUGGGGUGACUAAUAAUCAUCAACACAUCCUGGCCUUGGCAUUUGCUGUAAAGGAGGUCAAUGAAAACCCUCAUCUCUUACCUAAUCUCACCUUGGGCUUCCACAUCUACGACAGCUACUUUGAUGCCAAGCAGACUUACUAUUCCACAUUGUUACUUACAUCCACACUGGAGGCGUUUGUUCCAAAUUAUAUAUGUACCAUGGAGGAAAACCUGAUAGCAGUUGUAGGCGGACCGGACUCCGAAACCUCUCUGCAUGUAGCACCUAUUUUGGACAUCUACAAGAUCCCACAGCUCGUAUAUGCCUCUGCUCCUUUAAUGGAUGAUAAAACUCCAGGCCUUCCCUUCUACAAAACAUUUCCCAAGGAAGCCCUUCUGUAUGAAGGGAUUCUUUCUUUGCUCCUGGAUUUCAAAUGGACUUGGAUUGGGGUUCUCAUUAUAGAUUCUGACGGUGGAGAAAGAUUUUCCCAAAAUGUCCUUCCAUCGUGGUCUGAACAUGGGAUCUGCAUUGCUGUCGUACAGAGGGUCCCCACGUUUGGUUUUAAGCACAACUUUGAUGUCUGGUUAAAACGUUAUGUAAUAAUUUAUGAAAAAAUCAUGAGCAGCAAUGCCAAUGUGUGGCUGGUCUAUGGAGAAUCUUAUGCCAUGACACACUGGAAACUGUUGUCGUGUAUAUCUGAAUUAAAGGCUGUAACACAAGCAUUGAAAGGUAAAGUGUGGAUAAUGACAGCUGACAUUGUGUUCGCUUCUUUCGAAUGUCAAAGUACCCAGGAGAGAGAGUUAAUCCAUGGUGCACUGUCUUUCACAAUCCAUCCCAGCCACCUUCCAGGAUUAUAUCAAUAUGUAACAAGCCAAACGCCUUCAAGCAUAACUGAGAACGGCUUCAUCAGGGACUUCCGGCAACAGCCAUUUAGCUGCGUGUUCUAUAAUAAAGAUGUGGGAGAUGUGGAAGGGAAUAUUUGCACAGGACAAGAAACGCUUGAGAGUCUUUCUGGAGCUUAUCUUGAAAGCAGUAUGUCUGGCUACAGCUACUACAUCUACCGCGCUGUGUAUGCUGUGGUGCAUGCCUUAAAUGCCAUGGCACAGUCAAGACAGAAGCAUAACCUGAUGGUGGAUAGAAAAAGACUUCAAUCUCCUUAUCAACUAGCUUGGCAGACUCGGCCUGUUUCUGUAUGUACGGAGAGCUGUCCCCCUGGUUCCAGCAAGAAAGUGAAGGAGGGGGAGCCAUUUUGCUGCCAUGACUGCAUCCCAUGUCCAAAUGGGAAGAUUUCAGACCAAAAGGACAUGAAUGACUGUGUUACCUGUGUAGAUGGAAAAUAUCCAAACAAAAACAAGGAUUCAUGCAUUCCCAAGGAUACCAAUUUCCUGUUUUAUGGAGAACCUUUGGGGAUCAGUUUAGCUUCUAUUGCUCUUUCCUUUUCUUUGAUCACAGCUAUGGUGCUGGGAACAUACCUGAAGCACCACAACACACCCAUUGUCAAAGCUAACAAUCAGGACCUCGCCUACAUGCUCCUUGUUGCUCUCCUGCUGUGCUUUCUCUGUGUAUUGCCCUUCAUCGGACAACCUCAGAAAGUGACAUGUCUCCUCCGACAGACUACUUUUGGCAUUGUCUUCUCUGUGGCUGUUUCCUGUGUGUUGGCAAAGACCAUUGCAGUGGUUGUGGCUUUCAUGGCCACCAAACCAGGAUCCAAGAUGAGGACGUGGGUGGGGAAAAGACUGUCUACCACCAUUGUGACUUCUUGCUCUCUUACUCAAGCAGGCAUCUGUACUGUGUGGUUGGCCACUUCUCCCCCAUUUCCAGAUGUUGACGUGCACUCAAUGAUACAAGAAAUCAUACUAGAAUGUAAUGAGGGUUCAGUGGCUCUGUUUUACUGUGUCUUGGGCUAUAUGGGUUUCUUGGCCAUUGUCAGCUGUUCUGUGGCUUUCUUUGCUAGGAAUCUGCCAGACAGUUUCAAUGAAGCCAAGUACAUUGCUAUGAGCAUGUUGCUCUUUUGCAGUGUUUGGCUGUUCUUUGUUCCAGCAUACUUGAGCACCAAAGGGAAAUACAUGGUAGCUGUGGAAAUCUUUGCUAUCUUAGCCUCAAGUGCUGGGUUGCUGGGCUGCAUCUUCUUUCCAAAAGCUUUCAUUAUUUUGUUUAGGCCUCACCUGAACAAGAGGGAACAGCUAACAAGAAAAACACACUGA